AUGGCGAGUAACUCGCAACUCCUUGCCGCUGCAAUAUCGGAGAUAACCAAUAACCUUACUGUUACUUAUGAAGACUAUCUCCUUCGUAGAAACCAAGAACCAUCCAACCGUUUCAAAGAGCUCUCUAUUGACGCCCUACAUCAAGCGUAUCUCGUCGGCGGAGCUGUGAAUUGUGAUGAAACAAUUCGGCAAUCAACUGUCGACGUCUCGCAAACUGACGACGAUGAUGCUCUGACAGAUUUAACCACAACUCCAACUGUACCUCCAGUAGCUAGUCCUGCGUCGCCACCCAUAUCCAACGACCCGCCUGUAAAUAUCCAUGUUCGCACUUUGACCGGGGCAAAUAUUACUAUUUAUACUCCGUUAUCGACCUCUAUUGCGUAUUUUAAGCAAUUGGUAGAGCAGAAGACUGGAGUAUCUUCUCAGCAGCAGCGGAUCAUCUUUGCUGGGAAACAGUUGGAUGAUGAUAGAACUUUAGUGUCUUAUAAAAUAGAAGAGGACUACUCCCUUCAUAUGGUUCCGAGAUUGUCUGCUGCCCCGCAAACGAUAAAUUAUAUUCAUGCCGAUCACCUCGAUCCUCCAUACGAUUUUGAUUUCACUAAUACUGUUGAUACUUAUCGUAAAUUCAUGCGUGGAGCUUAUGAAUACAAGCGUCCUUGUGGUUGGAAGCGAAUUGCGUUGAAAGUACUUAAUGCUUAUGGAUCGGACAAUACAUGGUUAGGAAUUACUACUACUCGUGGAUUCAGAUACGAGUCCAAUGCAACCGAAUGGCCAGUCUCAUAUCAUGGGACUGGGAAGUUUGAGGAUAGAACUAUUUCCGAGGAUGCUCACCAAGCCUGUGUGGAUAAGAAUAAGCAAUUCAAUUUUGGACAUGGAAUAUACACGACUCCUGACCCAGAAGUAGCCGAAAAGUACGCAAAAGUGUUUGAGUUUGAAGGUGUAGAGUAUAAAGUCUUGAUACAGAAUAGAGUUAAUCCAAAUACGCUGGUGAGAAUUACCAAAGAGGAGAGUGGGGUGGCAGAGUAUUGGAUUGUGCCUAAUGGACAGGAUGUUAGGCCAUAUGGCAUCUGUGUCAAGAAGGUAUCGUAA